UGAAAGCCAUGGGAGUCAUCGAUGUGGACGCAUCGCAGCGCGAGGCGCUGAUUGUGGUAGGCCUGUGCCUAGCGUGGUACGCUACUAGCUCGGCCAGCAACGUGGCGGGAAAGGUGGUGUUGACAGAUUUCCCGUAUCCUAUGACGGUUACUAUGGUGCAACUGUUAUCAAUCGUCGUGUAUAGCCCUCCAGCGUUCGCUCUGUGCCGUGUGCGUCGAGAGACAGAGUUUCCUCGUCGCUAUUAUUGGCGUACGCUGGUGCCACUUGCCUUUGCCAAGUUCCUCACUACAGUCUGCUCUCAAGUUUCUAUAUGGAAAGUCCCAAUUUCAUAUGCUCAUACAGUGAAAGCGACGACUCCGUUGUGGACGGCGGGCCUGGCGCGCGUGCUGUUCGGGGAGCGGCAGCCGGCGCGCGUGCAGGCGGCGCUGGUGCUGAUCGCGCUGGGCGUGGCCGUCGCGUCCGCCACCGAGCUGCGGUUCGACUCGCUCGGCCUCGCCGCCGCGCUCGCCGCCGCCGCGCUGCUGAGCCUGCAGCACCUGUACUCCAAGCGCGUGAUGCGCGACACGGGCGUGCACCACCUGCGGCUGCUGCAGGCGCUGGGCCGGCUGGCGCUGCUGCUGUUCCUGCCGGCGUGGGCGGCGGCGGACGGCGCGGCUCUGUGGGCGGGGGCGGCGCCGCGGGCCGGCUGGGGCGGCGGCGGCGGCGCGCUGCUGCUGGCGGACGGCGCGCUGGCGUGGCUGCAGGCGGUGCUGGCGUUCAGCGUGCUGUCGCGCGUGUCGCCGCUGGCGUACGCGGUGGCGUCGGCGGCCAAGCGCGCCGCGGUGGUGGCGGCGUCGCUGCUGGUGCUGCGCAACCCCGCCACGCCGCUCAACCUCGCCGGGAUGGCGCUGGCGGGCCUCGGCGUCUUCGCCUACAACCGCGCCAAGCUGCUGCGCCCGCCCCCGCUGCCCGUGUGA